GUCUAUAGUUUCGAUAGUCGGGAGAGUGGAUCGGAUACACUAGAAUAAAGUGUUAUCGUUUCAGUUAGCAAACCGCGCGUUUUAGUUUUCGUCGAAAGAAAGUGUUCGAGUGCCAACCUGUUGUUUCGAAUCUUUGGUGACCCCAUACCCCUACAUAUUUUUGGUCCUGCCGAACCGGAUGACCUGCGAUUUAUCUCGAACAAUCGCGGGCAGUGUUGAGUGCAUUUCGUUGCCGCCAAAGUGAACUCUUUUAUCCGUUGGCUUUCGAACACUUCGCCGCGGGUGAGCUACGUGAUAGCAAAGUGUGUUUGAACGCUGAAUCGAGUGAGCAAAGACUGCCCAAUAAAGUGCACCGAAUCGAAAGAAUUGGAACAUUGUUGUGGUCGCUGAAUCAUCGAUACGUGGAUAAGAUAGUGCAAUCGUGGAAUUUCUUCGACCAACUUUAGACCCUGUGUGGCGCGAAGACGUGGCUUGGCUUGGUUCCACAUUGUUAGUGGUGGACAAAGGACAUCAAUCUAUUCAUCGGAGGGAUCAAAGGUCGAGUUGUGGCGUAAUUGAUUGUUGGAUUGAAGGAAGGCCCAAAAUGAUCGAGUGCGAUAAUGCCAAGAACUUCAAGGGAGCAACACGGGAAUUGGCACAACUGCGAGCACAGUUCUACAACCAACAACACCAGGCAUCAAUAAUUGAUCAAUGUGCAGAUGACGGUACAGAGUUCAAAUUCAUCCCACCUCGCAGUCCCAACUUUGGGGGUUUGUGGGAGGCGGCGGUGAAGUCAUUCAAAAAACAUCUGCGGUCUACAAUAGGAAAUUCGAUCCUAUCCCAGGACGAGUUUGUAACGUUGCUAGCUCGAAUUGAAGCCUGCCUAAAUUCUAGGCCAUUAACUCCGAUGUCUGCCGAUCCCAACGACCUGGAAGUUUUGACUCCGGGUCAUUUUCUCGUACAUCGACCACUCACCUCUUUCCCUGAACCAAGUUUUUCCGAACUACCAACAAACCGUCUAGACCGUUGGCAACAGAAUCAAGAGCUACUCCGUCGCAUUUGGAAGCGUUGGAGCAUUGACUAUCUGUCUGGCCUGCAACCUCGCACCAGAUGGACUCAGCAACGAGAUAACGUCAACGUCGGCACCCUAGUCCUUCUGAAAGAUGACAAUCUUCCACCUCUGAAGUGGAGAUACGGGCGCAUCCUCCGAGUCUGCCGUGGUGCGGAUAACCAUAUCCGUGUUGUUGUCGUGCGGACCGCCGACGGGGAGUAUACACGGUCAAUUUCGAAGAUAUGCGUUCUACCGAUACACCAUCCCGCAUCUGAUGUUGCUGCUGUGGAUAAUCCAAAUUCCAGAUGACUGAAGUCUUCCAUCGCUUUGCUUCGGCAUUGCGCAACAUGGAGGCCUUCGGGCCUCCGACCACGUAAGUUUAUUUUUCAUUGAAUUUUCAAAAAGCCUAAAGAAUGUUUCAUCCUCCGGCAUGUCUUGGGUCAUCGAUGGCUGCUCCAACCACGAGUACGCCCAACCAUAACGAUCAUCGAGCUUCCCGCCUCGGCCGUCAGCAGAUUGUGGGAGAAAUGGAGAACAGGAACGUCAUGGGCCGAAAGAACAACAACAGCACCCGAGCUUCCGCUGCGAUACUGAACUCUCAAUGCAGUAGACGACAUUCAAGUGAAGAAGUGAAUUAUUAAUGUUGAAAGUCGACCCUUUCAACGGGGGCCGGCGUAUGUUUAAGCGUAACUGUUAAAAGCUCAAAAUCAAAAUAUUUCCAAUUAUCAUUCCGCAUCCUGUAAAUAAUAUUAGAGUAUCCUAUUGCUUCUUCAUCACCAGCCUUCAGCUGGCGACUGAAACACACUCGUAGAGGGUAUGAUUGUAUUGUACACAUGAUAUGUGAUCUCUGCGAAGAUCAGAAAACGAAUUCAGUUCAAAUAAAUCCAUCCGAUAGUUCACAUCAUCCGCGUCUAUAGUUUCGAUAGUCGGGAGAGUGGAUCGGAUACACUAGAAUAAAGUGUUAUCGUUUCAG